GGAAGGUAACAGGUCGGAGUGGAGAGGUCUCGCAGCGCAGGCACACCGCAGGAUUUUGACACCAGUCGGAUUUGGAAGGGACUUUUCUCUCCUCCUGUAUGACAUUAUCGCGUUACUGUGUCAGCCUCUGGGAUCGAUCUACACCGGGGGCAAGAAUAAAGCAUCGGACGCCACAUUUCCAGCCGCAGAUCGUGUGGGACUCGUGAAGUUUAUCCAGGUCCCUGGAUGCCCCGCGGCGCACUGCCCUCGGCCGCUCUGUACGUCCUAAUGGCCGGCAGUUGACCCCGCCCCUCAGGAUGACGCUGCGCGAGCAGCUCCGGGAGAAGAUCUCUGCCGCUUUCUACCGCCACGGGCUGCUGUGUGCCUCCUACCCUGUGCCCAUCAUCCUGUUCACCUCGGCCAGCAUCCUCACCUGCUGCUACCCUCUGCUCAGACUGCCUCUGCCCGGGACAGGUCCGGUGGAGUUCACCACAGGAGUGAGAGACUACAGCGCCCCCUCCUCUGUGCCCCGCGGGGAGCUGGGGGAGAGGCCAGACUGGUACCAUGGUCUCCCGGUGGCGUACAUCCAGCAGGUGUUGGUGAAGGCGGCUGUGUCUCCGUGGGACAGCAGCCUGGUGCCGGUGGACGCCUUCCGCUCUCCUCUGGGGCGAGUCUUCAACCUGCUCGAGGAAAUACGCAACCACGUCCACAACGAUGGUUCCGGGACACGCAGUCUGGAGAGCUUGUGUCUGCAGGUGACCGAUCUGUUGCCGGGAUUACGCAGGAUGCAGUCCGUCCUUCCGGAACAUGGCUGCCUCCUGGUGUCUCCCGGGAACUACUGGCAGAACCAACGGGACCUGUUUGACACCGACUCCGACCUCCUCAAAACCAUCCACAAACACGAGCCUAAAGGCCUCCACACCUCCGCCACGCUCAGAGACCUGCUGUUCGGUGUCCCAGGAAAGUACACAGGAGUCAGCCACUACAACAAGAGGAGAGUGGUCACUUACACCAUCACGGUCGUGCUGUCCAGAUAUGACGCAAGUUUCAUGAACAGCCUGCGCUCCCGCCUGAAGCAGCUGUACCCGUCGGCCAACUGCAGCCUGCGUGACGAUCACAUGGUCCACGUGCACUUCAAAGAGGAGAUAGGCGUCGCCGAGCUCAUACCACUGGUCACCACGUACAUCAUCCUGUUCGCAUACAUCUACUUCUCCACACGUAAGAUUGACAUGGUGAAGUCUAAGUGGGGUCUGGCCCUGGCUGCUGUGGUGACGGUGCUCAGCUCUCUGCUCAUGUCCGUGGGGCUCUGCACGCUGUUUGGACUCACCCCAACGCUCAACGGAGGUGAGAUCUUCCCUUACCUGGUGGUGGUCAUUGGGCUGGAGAACGUUCUGGUGCUGACCAAGUCUGUGGUGUCCACUCCAGUCGACCUGGAGGUCAAACUGCGCAUAGCCCAAGGCCUAAGUAAUGAGAGCUGGUCUAUCAUGAAGAACAUGGCCACGGAGCUGUGCAUCAUUCUCAUUGGUUAUUUCACUCUGGUGCCCGCCAUCCAGGAGUUCUGCCUGUUUGCUGUGGUGGGGCUGGUGUCAGACUUCUUCCUUCAGAUGUUCUUCUUCACCACUGUGCUUUCCAUAGAUAUCCGCCGCAUGGAGCUGGCCGACCUGAAUCGUCGUCUCCCGGCUGAAGCAGGGCUGCCUCCUCCCAAACCGGGGCCCCUGCGCGCUCGAGAGGCCCCCCCUCCCUCCAGGCCGUCCCCCCACACCAUCACCCUCCAGACCCCCCCUAUGCGGAGCUUCCCCCGGCUCCCCAAACGACUGCGCGUGGUCUACUUCUUGGCUCGCACCCGCCUGGCUCAGAGGAUCAUUAUGGCUGGAACAGUGAUCUGGAUCGGCAUCCUGGUGUACACCGACCCGGCGGGGCUCAGGACCUACCUGGCAGCGCAGGUGUCUGAGCAGAGUCCUCUGGGUGACGCUGGGGGCGGCGGGCUGCCCCCUCACCUGGGCGUUGCUCCUGUGUUCCGCGGAGCCGACCCGACCAGCACCCUGAGUGUCCACCCGCCUCCAGAACCCACCCCUCUGCCCGAGAACCAGUCCCAGGGGCACCACGCCGCCCCCAGGCUCGCCAUCCUCUCUCAAGGCCCCCCUCCCGCCGUGCCUCAGAUCACGUGGGGCGCCGAGGACGAGGAGGGCUGGAGGAGGCUGUCCUUCAGGCACUGGCCUUCGCUGUUUGGGUAUUACAACAUAACUCUGGCAAAGAGGUACAUCAGUAUCCUGCCUGUGAUCCCUGUCACUCUGCACCUGACCCCCCAGGAGGCCAUGGACACCCGCCACCCACAGGACACCCGCCACCCCCCUCCGCCCCCCGCCCCACCCAAACCGCCCCAGGACCUGCAGGCCGACAUCACGCUAUACAAAGUGGCUGCGUUGGGUUUAGCGGCUGGAGUUCUUCUCGUCCUCCUGCUCUUCUGUCUCUAUCGCCUCCUCUGUCCUCGGAACUACGGUCAGAAUGGAGUGGCCACCGGGAGGCGCCGCCGAGGGGACCUGCCCUGUGACGACUACGGCUACACCCCUCCUGUCAGCGAGAUCUCCCCCCUGCUGCUCCGAGGACACAGCAUGGACAUCGAGUGUUUGGCCAGUGAUGGGAUGCUCUUGGCCAGCUGCUGCCUCGCCGGACAGAUCCGAGUUUGGGACGCACAGACUGGAGACUGUUUAACUGUCAUCCCCAACAACACACUGCGGCGCAGCAGUAGCAGCAGUGGCUGUUGGGAGCAGCGUGACGGUUGGGACAGCAGCACCACAGGCCCAGAGUCAGACUGUCUGUGCUCCGAGGCCCAGGACCUGUCUGUGGGCGGGGACCUGCCCUCUGACGACGAGGGCUACCCGCUGAGACGCCGCUCCACCCCCGUACGCAUCGCCCUCUUCGCCGACCAGCCCGACCUCACCCCGCUCAUAGACACUAACUUCAGCUUCCAGCCUUCCACCGCUGCCCCCUCCACCUGCCCCACCACCGGCCUCUCCACCAGCCCCUCCACCCCGCCCACAGGAGGCUUCGACUUCGGGGGCCUGGUGGAGAGGGCGUACCAAGAGCACGAGCCCCCCUCCCCCUCGCCUUACACCAGCCCCUCUUCAGCCUCGUCCUCUCCACCCACCGGAGCGGGCAUGCUGAUGCAGAGGAGGGCCAGCCUGGGGGAGACCGCAGUGAGCCCUCAAGUCCAGGAGAGGGCAGUGACAGGAGGGGCGCAGGCCGACUGGGACAGCUCUGUUUGGGCCAUGGACCUCCGGGGGAACCUGAUCGCUGCAGGGAGGAGCAGCGGGAAACUGGAGUUGUGGGAUGCGGUGGAGGGGACUCUGCGCUGUGUCAAUGACGAUGGCGUCUCUGGGAUCACAGCUCUGGCAUUUCUCAACAACAGAAUUGUGGCAGCUCGUCUAAAUGGGUCUCUAGAUUUCUUCACCAUUGAAAUGAACAAACCUCUGGGGCUCCUGCAGUACAGAGGUGCCCCGAGCCGUGCCGCUCUGCCCGCCUCGCCCUGUUACAGCAGUGAGGACGUGCUCAGCUGCCAGCUCACCCGCUCGGUGCAGUGUGCCCAUCAGAAACCCAUCACUGUGCUGAAGGCUGCAGCGGGCAGAGUGGUGACCGGGAGCCAGGACCACACUGUCCGGGUUUAUCGACUGGAAGACUCUUGUUGUCUCUUCACUCUCCAGGGGCACUCUGGAGGAAUCACAGCUAUUUAUAUUGACCAAACGAUGGUCCUUGCGAGUGGAGGGCAGGACGGCGCCAUCUGCUUGUGGGACGUCCUGACAGGAAGUCGCGUCAGCCAUGUUUACGGUCACCGCGGCGACGUGACCUCGCUCGUGUGCACCACCACGUGUGUGAUCAGCUCCGGACUGGACGACCUCAUCUGCAUCUGGGACAGGAGCACGGGCAUCAAGAUCUACUCCAUACAACAGGAGGUGGGCUGCGGGGCGAGCUUGGGCGUCAUCUCCGAGUCCCUGCUGGUGACGGGGGGCCAGGGCUGCGUCUCCUUCUGGGACUUGAGUUACGGGGACCUGCUCCAGACCGUGUACCUGGGCCCCAGCGGCGACGGUCAGGGCGUGAGGCAGCUGCUCGUGCUGGACAACGCCGCCAUCGUCUGCGACUUCGGCAGCGAGCUCAGCCUGGUCUACGUCCCCUCUGUGCUGGAGAAGCUGGACUGAACGCUGUGACGUGAGCAGUCGCCGGGCAGAACACAAACGUCCUGCCGUCUGAUUGGCUCGUUCGCAAUCAGGAGUUUCGGACGCUUGCAGGCAGCUAUUUCGUGCGUGGAAAGGACAGCGGUGCCCCCCGGUGGUCGAUGAACGUUACUUAUCGGCAGUGGUAGACCGCAAGUGUCCUGGCUAGUCCCAUGUUUCGCUAUUGUGCCCUCUGGUUUUGCACAGAAACAAUAGAACAGUGAUAUCGUUGGUAAUGGACAAAUCCAACCAAAGCAAUCAUCGUGGAAGCAAACUAAAGGCUCAUUUAUGCUCUACUUUCAAGGCGCAUUGUUCAGCCUGCAGUUUGGUCUGUCCGUAAACACUUCCCACACUUGUUUUCAUGGCUUUUUUCUAGUAAACGCAGUCGAAAAACUGCAGUAGGUGCCUCUAAGUUUGUUUUUUUUGUUGGUCUAUCUGUUUUGUUUUGAUCAACUGACUUUGAGUGGCGGUCUCUGGUGAUUUUUUUUAAGAGAAGUUUAAAUGCAGUUGUAGUUACUACACUGGGGACUAGUUUUUUUUUCACGUUACUAUCAUUUCUAACUAUUUCGAGACUGAAGAACAGAUUUGAUACUCAAUACUGAUUCUGAUAGUGGUCCAGGUAGGUUCCAUCGUGCUCCAUGGAUGAUGACUAGUCUGUGCGCUCUUAUACUUGUUAAGAUCAUUCUAAAGCUAUUCAGGAAAAGUAAUUUUUUGUGAAUGUGACUUUUUUUGUGCAAAAUGAGUAUCUUGUUCCGAUACUAGUUUUAAUAUCGAUUAUUAUCUGAUUUUCUGUACUUUUGGCAACACUACUUCGAAGUCGUGGAUCUGUUUACGUGCAAAAGCUGAGCAUAAAUGAGCCUUAAACGUGAACUGUGUAACUUUGUGACUGAGGGUCCGUCACUUGCUUGAUUCUAUGGAUAUGUCACUGUGCUGAUUGGAAUGUUCCACCGUGUGACAUUAGACAGCUCUACCUUACAUUUAUUCAGUUACAGGUGGUUUUAGAGCUCAAAAAUACCUAGAAAAAUGUCACUGUGAAUGUGAGCGGGGUCUGGUUUGGUCUCCGUGAUGACAGAAAGGUUUAAUCCCAUACUGUAAAACAUUCCAGCCAAAGCAAUAACAUCUCCAUGAAGAAAAGUAUUGGACGGAUCCUCCACCAGAAAAGCUACGCGAUGCACCUUCACGCGUGGAAUUUCUGGGACGGCAAAAGAGGAUCUGCAAGCAGGCGUCAAUGCUUUUAUGAGCCCUACAUGCUGCCAAUGCGCACGGACCAUUUUCUGUUCAGAGAUGGAAGGGCUCUUGUCUUAGUUAAUAUCCCUGCUGUUUAUUUAGCAGUACCACACAGAGGUGAGGCGGCGGCGACGGCGGCGAGUCGACUGGAACAAACGUACAAUGAGACAUCCACGUGUUGGUGUGUGGGGGUGUGGGUGCGUGGGGGUGUGGACGGUUAUUUAUUUGAAAGGUGUUUUUUAAAGAAAUGUUUUUUUUUUUUUUCCAAGAGUCUGGCCAAGGAGCUCAUUUGAAAACUAAAAAAACAAGAUGUCAUUUCAGCAGUAAGUAAAUUCCGAAGUAGGCGUCACAUUAAAGUGUAAUUACCACAUUUUUUACUGUUUUAGUACUAAAGGGCUUUAUACCUGAGUUUUGCUGUCUUAAAAAACAUGAAAAACAGAACUUGCCAUAUCAGGGACAAUCAUUAGGAUGCUCAGAGUUUACCGUGACUGCAUUUCCUGAUAAUCAGACAAUAAACACUGAUAAUAAGAUGUGGACAGUACACAGCGGACAUAUCUUCAUCUCAAGAGCUUCUUCCAUCACUGCAAAUUUAUCUUUUAAUUGUUUUUAUAUCCUGUUAGUCAUUUUGUUUUCAAAUUUAUUGUCUACUUACUAGUUCUGAGAUGCUUCAUUCUAGUCUAGAGUUAGUUUAUUUUAAGAUAACUUGUCAAGUACCGUAUUUUCCGGGCUAUUAGUCGCUCUGGAUUAUAAGACGCAUUAAUUAAAUUAUUAAAUGGUCUAUUUUCGAACUUUUUUCAUAAAUAAACCGCACUGGACUUUAAAUGAAACACAACAGUUGGAUGGGUGAGUGGUUUUGUUUGUUUGGUGCGUUCAGGGUGACUCGCGUGUUCGCAGUGACUCAGUUGUUCAGUUGUGUCUAGAAGUGGCACAUUGCCCUCACUUUUUCGGUUUGUUCCUCCGUUCCGUUCCUCGCCGGCGUGGAGUGAUGAGUGUGUCUGUGGGUGUUUUUCUCUGUGCGUCGCUGUCUGCUCCGUGUGUGUUUGCGUGUUUGCGUGCUGGGACACCCGAGUGGAUUCGUGUAUAGGAUUGUGGGGCACGCAGUCGUUUUUUGAUGCGGUUGGAGGCUUAAGAGCGCGUCUAAUAGCCUGGAAAAUACGGUAAUGUUAUCUUGCUGAACGGACAGAUAAUUUCAGUACUUUUAAGUCAUUUUCUGAUAGAUUUAAGAGUUUCUAUCUUAAAUUUUGGCCAAGCUUUUUUGCAGUGUAUAGAAUAUAAAUGUACUGAGGAAAGAUGCAGUUCGCACAAACACCAGGAAAAUAAAAUCCGGUUCCACCAUAGACUCUAUAUAAAUGUUCUAAACAGCAACUGAGCAUGGGCGCACUUUUGGCUCCAUUGACGCUGGCUCCACUUCACUUAACAUUGAAAUACAGGCCUCGGUGAGCUUCGUUUGACUGGAGCCAAACGCUAUGUCCAAUUCUUUACACAGUCUAUGGUGCGGGCUUUGUAAUGUUGUAGUUUACCGUGUAGUUUUAAAGCGGCACAAUGUGUGUUGUCGUAGAUGGAGAACAUAAAUGGUUAAAUAUGCAUCUUACUCAAAGUAUUAAAGUACAACCUGCCUGCAACACAUACUUUUAAAACCACGUGACCAACUACAGCAGCCUUGAAGGGACAGAGUGAUUUUCACAAUAGUACAUACAUAUUAAUGAACUUUUCCAGUACUGCUGUAAAUGGCACUUUAAAGGUGCAUGGUGUAACUUUUCUGGUUGGAGAUCUGUCACCUGCUUGUUCCUAUUGUUUUCUAUGUCAUUGCUUUGGCUGGAAUGUUCCACAGUAUGACUUUAAACAGCUCUACUUUACAUUUAUUCAGUUACAGGUGUUUUUAUAGUUCAAAAGUGAAUAAAAAAACGGGGAUUCUGACUGUAAGAGGGGUUGCCUGUCCACAGAUCUGACCUGUAACUUGGUUCGGUUUGGUCUCCGUGAAGAUAGAAAGAUUUAAUGCCAAAAUGUGAAACAUUUCAGGCAAAGCACGCGCCGUCCAACAGAAAAGUUACACAAUGCACGUUUAAUUCCCUCUCAUUUAUUUAUUUUUCUACCUGCCAUUCUUCAAAGAAAGGGGGGCUAUGUACUUGUUUUACAGUUUUAGUUUUCAAAUGAACUCUUGGCUUAGACUGAUCACUUGGGUUUGGGGUGUUCAGAAGACGUGAAGGGGACAACGGCUGCAUAUGGAACAGUAGAUGCUUCAUUUUGUGUCGCUAUAGCAAAAUCGUAACAGACAUUAACACACAAUAUCACUAGUAAAAGUUUAAAAAGCAUAAAAAGUAAAGGAGCCAGAGCCGUCCCCUGUGGAACACCUGCACAUUUCCAUUUAAGGGUUUAGACUUUGAAUUCUUGUAUUUUUUAUUGUAAAACCCUUUAAAAUUGAACAAGGUAGCUUAAAAAUGUUCAUUUCUGAUCUACUGUUCUGUAUCCAUCCAGCAGAGGGAGCUUUAGCCCUCCAGCUCCGUGUGGCUACCUCCUUUUUCCAAACUGCUUGUAUUUGAGCAUACUGACAUUGUGUUUACAUUGGCUACUGUAUUUUUUAUGCUAAACUGUGCCCUUUAGAGAUUUCUUCCACAGCAUAUUAUUGUACAGAUUUAGUGUUGGACUUUUCAUUCCUUUUGGUUUCAUUUUCAGCUAUUUUUCAACCAGUUCGUCCUACAACCUGCUGCCUGGUUCAGAGUAAAAUAUGAAUGAGGAAAUAGUUAGAAUAGACAGAGCUGAACCACAAGUCUAGAACUUUACUUUGUUAGAUGUACACAUAUGCAACUAAUAAUACUGUACGUGGAAUAACCAAAUUUUACUGUACAAAUGUGGGAUUCACUAAAAACGCUGCAUUUUGUUCGGGGGCGGGGCUUAGCGUUCCAUGUCAAUCGAAGCUGCUGUAUUUCCCAAGGAUGGAAAACACCAGAACAGAUUUAAUUACUGCAAAUAUUAAGGUUCAGAGACAUUCCUAAACCCAGGGGAGGACAAAGAGAUCUUAGGGGCCCAGAAUUGAACCCUCAUUCGACUACAUUAUAUUAGAGGGUUGCUCAAGUCAGACUUUUUGCCCGGACCUAGGCUGACCAGAUGUCCCUAUUUAUCCGGAGCAGUCCCAGUUUUGAGCCCUGUGUCCCCUGUCCCAGCAGAUUUAUCCAAAACUAUUGAUUUGUCCCAGUUUUAUACAAGAAAUGACCCUGCCAACAGUAAAGAGAGAUAUACAUUGUCAUUUAUUUGGGUAAAAUACAGAGAUGCUUAAACAUGACCAAAACACAAAGAAAAUGUGACUAUACUGACCAAGUGUAGAACCGUUUAUCAUUACACACCCAUUUCAUAAUUUUAUUAUUACCAACUACCACAAACCAGGGGUGUCCCAGGUUUUAAUUUUGAAAAUCUGGUCACCCUACCCGGGCCCCCAAAUUUCUGUCAACUGACCUGCCUAAACCUAACCGUCACCUUAACCUGAUCGUGAAUAAAUAUACUGACAAAAAUCAAUAUUUGCUGGCCCAACCACAAAUACAGAGCGACUGUGUUUGGGGGAAGAAAAGUGCCGUCCUGAUACAACGACAGAAAGUAAAAGAAAAACUGGAUGAGUUUGUUGUUAAUUUUAAGUCUUAUUUUAAGAUUUUGUCUUGUCAAAUAAGUCUGUUUUCCUAUUUACCUGAGCUGCCAAGUCUCGGGUGACCAGUAUUUAAAAUAAAAAACUGGGACAUCCCCGGUUUUUUGGUGGUUGGAAAUAAUAAAAUUGUGAAACAAGUGCGUAAUUAAGGAAAAUUGUUCAUGACUAACAUGUGAGCCAGUAUAGUCACAUUUUCUUUGUCUUUUGGUCAUUUUUAAUCAGAUUUUUUGUGUUUUACCUAAACACAUUACAAUUUAUGCCUCAAACUGGUUAAAAAUAGGGACACCUGGGACAUUUCUUGUAUAAAACUGGGACAAAUCCAAGGUUUUGUAUAAAUCUGCUCAGACAGGGACACAGGGCUCAAAACUGGGACUGUCCUGGGUAAAUAGGGACGUCUGGUCAUCUUAACCAAGUCUAAAAAAAACAAAAAAAACACUGUGUAAAAAGCUGGUUACCAUGGUUGCAAUCGAACAUUAAGUCCUGCCCCGGAUGAAAUGCCGAGCUUUUAGAGCGUCUCACACAAAUAUCUGGAUGCACUACUCGUGUCUGGAGUAAAAGACUAGCCAAGUCAAAUCAAACUUACUAAAAUAAUAUCAAGAAAGUAAAAAAGUAGGCUAUGCAAAUUCUUACUCCUCUUCUAAAACCAUAGCUUGAGAUUUAUUGCGUUAAAUUACCAAAAGUAUCUUGUACUUUGAUAACAGCGUAGACCUACAGUUUACAACUUGUUUAAUAGCCAUAAUAAUUGCAUUGUGGUAAGCUUUUUAGUUCUGUUUACAUAUCAGUAAAAAAAAAAAUAUAUAUAUAUAUAUAUGAUAUGAAAAAAGUCAGAGUUUUUCGACAGAGAUGUGUAGCAUCAUUAGCUUGCAAGUGCUAGCUCCUAAAACAAACUAAGCUGUUAAAUAUUAUUCAAACAUUUUACUAAUCAUAAGCUCCAAAACUGCUGUAAAUUUGUCAUUCAGAAUUGUGGUUUCUGUUAAAGCUUAUUUUAGACAUAAACAACCUAGGGUGACCAGAUUUCCAUUUGUGAAAACCCGGACACCUUCCCGAGGGUGAGAGGUGAGAGGUGAGAGGUGAGAGGUGGGGACCUCCACGUCCAGCUGCAGUCGUCCCUCCAUAUAUCACACUUCACCUUUCGCGGUCUCGCUGAUUUUUAUUUUUAUUUUUUUAACACAUGGGUGGGUCAGGACUAAACCAGGUCUAAUCUUGGACUUAAGAGAGAGAACACCGAGCAGUUUGUCUGCUUGUCCAUCUGUCCCUUCUCCUGCGGUCACCUCCAGUCCUGGUUCAGUCCUGGUUCAGUCCUGGUUCAGUCCUGGUUCAGUCCUGGUUCAGUCCUGGUUCAGUCCUGGUUCAGUCCAUGGCGUCUGAAAGGCAAAAGCUUGAUAUAAUCACGGGUGAACGGGCGGGUGCGGUCCUGUACUGGCAGGUGCGGUGUUGUACUGCAGGUCUCCAAAACUGGCCUCGUGCAGUUCUCUGUGCUGUUGGGCUCUAUUACGGAAUAAAUUAAUUUUGGGUUCGUUACAUAAAGAAGAAGGAAAAUAACAAAAGGACGACAGCAGCAAUAAGUUUUAAGAAGGAUGUAAAAAGGGUUACACCUGUCCUGUCUGAGAAAAGUGUAUAAAGUUUGUGGUGAGGGGUUUUACAGCUUUAAAACAGAUAGAAUAAUUGUAAAAUAUAAAGUUGAUACUUUGUGGAUUUCAUCUAUCGCAGGUUAUUUUAGAACGUAACCCCCACGAUAAACGAGGGACACUGUACUCUCACCUCGCAACCUGUGCACAUGGACUCACUUGUCCCGACCGGGAUGGAAAACAGAGAAUUUCUUGUACAAGUCAUUGUUAAAUGUGCAUUUACACUUCAGUAUGUUGCAGACUGACCGACUGUUGGUGUCUCGCUCCUUCUGAGUCACAGACGCUACGAGAGACGCUCAGUUUAAUGCCCCAAUGAAAAGUAAUGAAAACUUAGACAUUUGCAUCACCCAGACGCUCAGGACAAGACGCAAAAUAUGUCUGGGGAAAAAUGGACGUUUGGUCACCGUAAAACAACAGAAUGUACUUCAGCUGUGCUCCCUGUGUAGAACCGUUUUCUGCACGGCUAACACUGAUGCUAACGCUUACACAGGCACAAAUCAAUGGCUUGAACAGAGGAAAUGUGAGUUUUUAGAACUGCGCUAGAAAACGCACACUGCUAAUGCACAGACACGCCCACGGUCUGGCCCAGAUAAAAUAAAACUGAUGUCAUUAAUUACAUCUAUAUAUAAUAAAUGUUUCAUUGUUUAAAGGUGUAACUUUUCUCAUAGAGGGUCUGCUUGUUUCUAUGCUGAUGUUAUUGUCUUGAAUGUCCCACAGUAUGGCAUUAGACUUGUGUAUGUUGCAUUUAUACAAUUGCAAGUCUUUGUUCUUUAUGUAAAAAAAAAAAAAAACGUUGAAAAACAUGUACUCUUUCUGCGAGCGGGGAUGCCUCUCCACAGAUCUAACCCGUAACUUUGCCUGGUAGUGUCAUCUGCUUGUUUCCAUUUAAUGCCAUACUGUGGAACUUUCAAAGCAAAAGAAUAAACUCUCCAUAGGGACAAUCAGGUCGCGAACCCUCCACCAAAAAAGUUACAUAGUGCACUUUUCAAACGUGACUGGAUAGAACAAAAAAUGUGCUUUACGCAUAUUAACUUUUUAAACUUUUUUCAGACUUUUUUUUUUUACCUAAAAUGUAAAUUAGUCAAAAAUGUUUAACAAAUAUAAAAUUUCUGUUGUUAAUUGUGAAGAUUAUGUAAAACAGUUUGGUACAGUUCAUCGGUUUCAACUAGGGAUGCACCGAUACCGAUAUUGGAUUCAAAUAUCGUCGUCUAUCCAGGAAAAUUUUCUGGAUCAGGUAUCGCUUCCUGGAUAUCGGUUCAGACGAUAUCCUGGUUGGACUCUCUGUAUCUUUUUGGUUUUGGGGUCCGUCACCUGCUUGUUUCUAUGGUUACGUCAUUGCUCUGCCUGGAAUGUUCCACAGUGUGACUUUAAACUGCUCUUAUUUACAUUUAUCCAGUUACAAGUGGAUUUAUAGCUCAAAAAUACCUAGAAAAAACGAUAUUCUGACUGUGAGCGAUGUCGCCUCUCCACAGAUCUGACCUGUAACUUGGCACAGUUUGGUCUCCAUAAAGAUAAAAAGGUUUAAUGCCACACUGUGAAACAUUCCAGACAAAGCAACAAAACGUCUCCAUGGAGAAAAAAAGAUACACAAUCCACAUUUAACGAUGUUUUGAGAGAAUCAGAACUGAAAAUGUGUCUGUGCAUCCCUAGUUUCAAGAGUAGGACUUUUCCAAUUCCAAAAACAUCAUAUUUUGUUCUGUAUUUUGAAUCGCUAUGGUAACGGUCCUAAUUUUUUUUUUUACAUUUUUUAACCCAGUGACCCAAAUAAUCAACGGUUAUUUCUGAGCCUAUGUGCAGUUAUGGGCAGUAAAAGUUAAAUAUCUUCUAGGGUUGGGACGAGACAUCGCGAGAUCAAGCCCACGAGAGCGAGACAAGACGAGAUUUUAAAUAAGUACUGCCAUCCAAUUCACAAUUUUGGAUUCACUAUUUUGUAUUUAUUUUAUGUAAUACUGUAGCGGUCUUAGUACUGCUUUUUGGAACUACAGCGUCUCAAACUAUAUAACUCACCAGCUCUUAAGGUAAAGGUAAAUUCAAUCUCGUGGCAAUUUUGUGACUCAAAAUCUCGUCCCAUCCCUUCUAACUACUGAAUCGUAAAUAAAAACGUUAUCUCGGUUAAACCUUGCGCCAUCUUUGACCUGGCAGCCAUUUUAAUUUAUUAACUUUUGUAUCUUCUGUACAAAGUGAAAAAGCUUUAGAUUUGUUAUGUCUUUUUUUUUUUUUUUUUUUUAGCUAAUGGAAGUAUAUUUUCUAUGGGAGUGGUGUGGGAAUCUAAUUUUGGUCUCUUAUUGAAUGUUUGAGCUACAGCCUUGUCUUAUUUAAUAUCACUGUACACCGCGUAAACCGUUGUUUUAGCCUGGUGCCUAUGCAGUGAGUGACCAAUGUUCGUUAUCAGUGUAAAAAGUCUACACAACUUGAUGAUUUCAAAUGGCAGGUUCCCCUUAACCUACGCGGGCAGUAGCGGCGGAGACAUCUUUUGUAACACGAAAAGAUUUGUACUAAUUUUCAAAUAAAGAGGCUUUGAUACGACUGUA